AUGGGUCGCCACGAUUCGGAAUCACCUGUGAAGGUCCAGCAGAACCCUCCUCGUAGAAGGAGCCCCUCCAGGAAGGAAAGGUCCCCUACUCGAUACCGGAGCCGCAAUAGGUCACCAAAACAUGCUAGGUCGAGGUCCCCUGAACCACGUUUGCUUAUCCGGGAUAAUCGUGAAAAAUCCCCAGAACAUCAAAGAUCUCCACCUAUCUCCCGUUCGCCAGUUAGACAAAGAUCUUCUAAUAGAACCAGGUCACCAAGGUCAAGGCCCUCACCACCUGCUUCAGCUGCCAAAGAGAAAUUGUCUUCUCGAACUAGAUCCCCAAAACAUGCGCAGUCGAGAUCCCCGUCACCUGGAAAAAUAAAAUCUUCAGUUCGAGUCAAAUCUCCAAGAAGAGCUAGGUCGAAAUCUCCGGAUUCUCAGUCUCUUUCGCCACGUAGUAGAAGGUUGAAGAGAGUUAAGGCCGAACGAGAUGCCGGGAAAGGGAAUGGGAUAGAAAAUGAAAGAAACCACAUGAGGAAGGGCGAGAGGAAUGAGGAAAAAGAUUUUACCAGGGAUCUGGCUGUUGAAAGAAAAGAAAGAAGGUCUGAACGGGAUGAGGUUGGCAGUGGCUCGAAUAGUUUGAGGUCGAGGCACAGGCGUUCGCGUUCGCCUUCUGGUCAUCAUAACAGGGGUGAAAGAAGGUCAAGAUCGCCUGUUAGCCGAGGACGCAAUGAGCGGAGAAGCUCAAGGGAUCCUGAGCAGCGGAACGGUGAUAGUGAUUCAAUAGCUAAGAUGAAGGCUGUUGAGGAGACAUUGGAUGCAAAGGAAAAACAAAAGCCUUCUUUUGAGCUUUCUGGAAAACUUGCGGCUGAAACCAAUCGAGUCAGAGGUGUAACACUGCUAUUUAAUGAGCCACAUGAUGCUCGGAAGCCAGAUAUCAGGUGGCGAUUGUAUGUUUUCAAGGGUGGUGAAGUGCUUAAUGAACCUCUGUAUGUACAUCGUCAAAGUUGCUAUCUUUUUGGUAGAGAGAGGAGGGUUGCAGACAUCCCCACAGAUCACCCUUCUUGCAGCAAACAACAUGCUGUUCUUCAGUACCGGCAAGUUGAGGAAGAGCUCCAAGAUGGGUCCAUGUCAAAACAAGUGAGGCCUUAUCUGAUGGAUCUUGGGAGCACAAAUGGGACCUCCAUUAAUGAUAAUAAAAUAGAACCUCAGCGGUACUAUCAACUGUUUGAAAAGGACACCAUCAAGUUUGGUAAUAGCAGCCGUGAAUACGUUCUCUUACAUGAGAAUUCUUCUGGAUGA